AUGAACGACCAGUACCACCGGGCGGCCCGGGACGGCUACCUGGAGCUCCUCAAGGAGGCCACGCGGAAGGAGCUGAACGCCCCCGACGAGGAUGGCAUGACCCCCACCCUCUGGGCUGCUUACCAUGGCAACCUGGAGUCGCUGCGCCUCAUCGUGAGCCGGGGGGGCGACCCGGACAAGUGUGACAUCUGGGGCAACACGCCCCUGCACCUGGCAGCUUCCAAUGGCCACCUGCACUGCCUCUCCUUCCUGGUGUCCUUCGGGGCCAACAUCUGGUGCCUGGACAACGACUACCACACCCCGCUGGACAUGGCCGCCAUGAAGGGCCACAUGGAGUGCGUGCGCUACCUGGACUCCAUCGCGGCCAAGCAGAGCGGCCUCAACCCCAAGCUGGUGGGCAAGCUGAAGGACAAGGCGUUCCGCGAGGCGGAGCGGCGCAUCCGCGAGUGCGCCAAGAUGCAGCGCAGGCACCACGAGCGCAUGGAGCGGCGCUACCGGCGCGAGCUGGCCGAGCGCUCCGACACGCUCAGCUUCUCCAGCCUCACGUCCAGCACCCUGAGCCGCCGGCUGCAGCACCUGGCGCUGGGCAGCCAGCUGCCCUACUCGCAGGCCACCCUGCACGGCACCAACCGGGGCAAGACCAAGAUCCAGCGCAAGCUGGAGCGGCGCAAGCAGGGCGGCGAGGGCACCUUCAAGAUCUCGGAGGACGGCCGCAAGAGCGUGCGCUCGCUCUCGGGCCUGCAGCUGGGCAGCGACGUGAUGUUCGUGCGCCAGGGCACCUACGCCAACCCCAAGGAGUGGGGUCGCUCCCCGCUCCGGGACAUGUUCCUCUCCGACGAGGACAGCGUCUCCCGUGCCACACUGGCGGCCGAGCCUGCCCACUCGGAGGUCAGCACCGACUCCGGCCACGACUCUCUGUUUACCCGCCCGGGCCUGGGCACCAUGGUGUUCCGCAGGAACUACCUGAGCAGCGGGCUGCAUGGGCUGGGCCGGGAAGACGCGGCGCCGGAGGGCGCGGGCACGCCACGGGGCCGGCUGCAGAGCUCCCCCAGCCUGGACGAUGACAGCCUGGGCAGUGCCAACAGCCUGCAGGACCGCAGCUGCGCCGAGGAGCUGCCCUGGGACGAGCUGGACCUGGGCCUCGAUGAGGACCUGGAGCCCGAGACAAGCCCUCUGGAGACCUUCCUGGCCUCCCUGCACAUGGAGGACUUCGCCCCGCUCCUGCGGCAGGAGAAGAUCGACCUGGAAGCAUUGACGCUGUGCUCGGACCUCGACCUCCGCAGCAUCAGCGUCCCCCUGGGGUCCCGCAAGAAGAUCCUGGGGGCCGUGCGCAGGCGGAGGCAGGCGCUGGAGCGCCCACCCGCGCUGGAGGACACCGAGCUGUGA